AUGGCCGACUCUCCGGUGUUUCAGAACGUGGAAAUAUUGUACGAGGAAUACAGGUCAGAGCGAGUGUCUUUUGAAGCCCAUCCCUUUGAGGCUUCUUACGAUUAUUCUGAGGGCGAUGCCUACACCGACUACGACUCGCAAGAUGAUAUGGAAUCGUUGAGAGGAGACAGCCCUGCACCUCCGCCGUAUGAACCUGUUGGCCUUGAUCGUCCUCUGCAAAGCGGUUACGUUGCAUAUGUAGAUGAUUCGACGCACAAUGCCCCCCAAAAUGAUGCCACUGGCAGACCCAGAGUUAAACAGACAGCCAAAAAAUCAUCGGGUAGAGGGUCAAUCACUACAGCGCAGACCAGUCGGAAACCGGUUGCUAGGAAGCCGCCUGUGAAGAAUCAAACAGCCAAGAAAGCACAACCGUCAGAAAAAAACGCCGAGUCAAAGGCACAAGGAGGUCGAAAACGGGCUGCUGGUACUUCGAGACAAUCGAAACGCGAAGAACCAAAGGGAACUUCUCAAACAGCUUCGGUCACGGUUGAGACUCGGAUAAACGAUCAGCAGCUUCAAUAUCGCAUUGAAAUUGGCUCCACCUGCACAAAAUACUAA